GCUCCUGCCUCCCCUGCUCAUGCUUUCCCAGUGAGUGAGGCCGGCGCUUUAUAGCAGCCGCCUGGGCGGCUCCACCGGCUGUUUUUUGGCUCCUGCGCUUGUUCUUCCCUGUGCACUCCGCAAAGAUGCAGCUGAAACCGAUGGAGAUUAACCCCGAGGUAAAUGUGUUGGCCAAGCUGGGGGUCGCCGGGCAGUGGCGCUUUGCCGACGUGCUAGGGCUGGAGGAGGAGACUCUGGGCUCAGUGCCAUCUCCUGCCUGCGCCCUGCUGCUGCUGUUUCCCCUCACGGCCCAGCAUGAAAACUUCAGGAAAAAACAAAUUGAGGAACUGAAGGGACAAGAAGUUAGCCCUAAAGUUUACUUCAUGAAGCAGACCAUCGGGAACUCCUGUGGUACCAUUGGGCUGAUCCACGCAGUGGCCAAUAACCAAGACAAGCUGGAAUUUGAGGAUGGAUCAGUCCUGAAACAGUUUCUGUCUGAAACGGAGAAGUUGUCCCCUGAAGACAGAGCCAAGUGUUUCGAGAAGAACGAGGCCAUUCAGGCAGCCCAUGACUCCGUGGCCCAGGAGGGCCAGUGCCGGGUAGACGACAAAGUGAAUUUCCAUUUUAUCCUGUUCAAUAAUGUGGACGGCCACCUCUACGAGCUCGAUGGGCGAAUGCCUUUCCCGGUGAACCAUGGCGCCAGUUCAGAGGACUCUCUGCUGCAGGUAAUCCAUCCCCGAGUGCCUCUCCUCCCUGCAGACCCCUUUCUUCCAGCCGCUUUUGUGCAUUCUGCUGACAUUCAGGAACCCCGAAUCACUAAUAGCAUUGUUUAGGGCUUAAAGAUGGCUUUAGUCAUUCUGUCUGCCUUGUUUUAUUAGCAGGUGGUUUUAAACCGGAUCCUAAAAAAAAAAAAAAAAAAGCCCUGACUAUAAUGUGUUUCAUGUGCCGACUUUAGUUAGAAUUGGCUUGAAAGCCAUUUUGUGUUUCGAGUGUGGGAUUAAGGAGGCCAUUGUCUCCUUGUUGGGUUAUAUACCCUCACUAAAGAGUAGAACAUCAACUCUCUCCACCUUCCCUAAUCCUUCCAGGAUUCUGGGUACAUCACCUUGUUGGGUAUAUGUUAAAAAUUUUGGCUAGGUAAAUUAUGUAUUUGGUCUCCUUCCACGUAACCUACUGGUAUCAGAACAGAAGAUUCAGAACCACUUGGCUAGAGAGAGAUGGUCAGUAUUAAACAGAGUGUGCACUGCUCAUGCGGAGGACCCAAGCUCGGUUCUCAGUACUCACAUCCAGACAGCUCAUAGCUUCCCGUAACCACCUCGAGGGCACCCACGAGCAUGCACAAACCCACACGUAGUCACACAGCUGAUGGAAGGGGCUGGAGAGAUGGCUUAGCUGGUGAUGCGCUUGCACAGGCUCCGGGUUUGAUCCCUAGCACCAUGUGAUAGCUCGUAACCGUAUAUAACUCCGUUUCCGGGGAACCGGAUGCCCUUUUCAUGCCUCCAGGGGUGCACGUGGCAUCUAGACAUGCAGGCAGGCUAAACAGUUACAUAGAUAAAACAUUCGUUAAAAGAAUGAAAUCUUGAGGACGCUUUGUUCAUCGUGCUAGAAGAGGGACUACUGUGAACUCCGUUCUGAACUGUCAUAGGCCCUUUUAACCUAGAGCUGAAUCUUUAGGCUGGGAUCAUCUUGCUGUUAAAAAGGCUAUUUUUUUUAUGAUAGAAUAUAAGACAUUGAGGUAUGACUUGACUUGUAGUAGCAACAGCAGCUACUCUUCGUCAGUGCUUGGUGUGCACACAGUGGGGGUCAGCAAAGGUUAUCCGUAAGGAGCCAGAGAGGAAGUAUUCUGGCUUUGUGUGGCGGAUGGCUCUGUGGCAAGUGUCCAGUGCUGCUUCUGUCGCUCUAGGCUCUGCUAGAUACUUCUAAAUGAACAUGUGAUCUACCUGUCUACAAAGGUUUGCUCACCUCACUGGCAAAAAGGCUGGGUUUGGCACAUAGCCUGUAGUUUAUUGACUCCUGGGCUGGGUGAUUCUCUGAGUUCUACCUUUGAGCCCCCACCAUGGUGCAGGAAGUGAGACUCCUUGCCCAUCUCUCAAAGACAGAUCAAUGCCCAAGGUUGCUAUGAAUUCAAUGGUAGAACCAUGGUUCUUGGCCUGUGUACCUUGAGACCCUUCUUUAUAAAGGAUACGGCUUUGGAACAUCAAAGAUCUGGUCAUCUCAUAGCACUCGUGGACCAAGUUCUACCAACCCAGGCACAUGGCACAACAACAUGGAGUCAUUCAGAGUGAGCGUGUCCAGGCUAAAGUUGAGCCUGUGGUAUAGGGUCUAAGAGUCAGGAUUUUUCCCUUGUCUCUG